UGAAUGUAAUCACAUGACUCUCAUGUCUUUGUAACUUGUUCAGCUAACUAGCUAGCUAAUGUUUUGUUUUCUGUAUUAAUGAACACAGCUGUGUAAUGGACAGCUGAGGAUUUUAUAUGACAUUUUCUCAUCUCAGGUGAUAUGUCAGGUGAAAUUCAGCGCCAUGUCUGUGGAUGGCUCCCGGACGUCAGUGUUUACCUUCCAGUCAGCUGCACACAGUAUGCAUGUCCUCCACUGCCUGGAUGAGCAGAGACAGAAGGACAUCUUGUGUGAUGUGACAGUGGAAGUGGAGAGCAGGAGCUUUCGAGCCCACCGCUCAGUACUGGCUUGCUGCAGCGCCUAUUUUUACACCAGACUCCUGAACCACACGGGAUGGAACUCGGUCAUCACACUGCCUGAGGAAGUCACCGUAGAGGGCUUUGUGCCUUUGCUGCAGUUUGCCUACACUGCAAAACUUCACUUCACCAAAGAAAACAUCCUGGAAAUUCACAGAUGUGCUGAGCUGUUGGGAUUUCACAAUCUCGACAAAGCGUGCUUUGAGUUCCUCAUUCCCAAGUUCUCUGAUGGCAGUGAAACUACUCAGGAAGCCAAGAGGAGGAGCAAAAACGGCAGCAAGAGCAAAAACAGCCAUGAACAAUCGGCAGCUGCCAAUGGAGACCGCGAUAGUACUGAUGAACAAUGCGCUAAUACUGAAAGAGAUGGUGUAGCUAUGGUUUCUGGAGCUCAGAUGGUACAGAAUGUAUCACCUAGUGAUACAGUGUCCCCUAAUGAAAGCCCUUCUGUCACCUCUGAUAAGAAUAUUUUAAAUUUACCUUCAGUCUCAUUCCAGUCUGCUACUGAUCACCAAACAGAACUGUGUUUACAGGACUGUGGGCCACAACUGGCGCCGUCUUCAUCCGUACCUACCGGUGAAGUGUGUCCCUUUCUUUCAAUGCCAUGUAGCAGUGAGAGUGACAAUGUGCAUCCUGUCACAGCUGGCUGUGAUGGUGGCAUUUUGAAUAGACUGGCAAUGGAUGAUGUUCAAGGUGAGUGUCUAAACAUGCCAAAUGUUGCUGAGGGCCAAAUUGAGCAGCCUGUAAGAGAAUUCACGCCAACAUCGGCCUGCAGCCAGUUAUGUCCCUUAUCCUCCAGGGAAACAAGUGAAGUCUUGGAUAGCAUUGCAUCAGUGAGCAACUUGGAGAGCAUUGAGAACAUCAACACAGGGACUUUUGACCCCCCUGAGCAAAUAUUCCCCAACCCAGCACACAGCGAUGGCUCCACAGAGAGAAGCACAGUGGAGAGGGAGGUGGCUGAGCAUUUGGCAAAAGGGUUCUGGUCAGACAUGAGUUCCUCUUUGACAGAGACUCCGGAGCACAUGGAGCAGGCAGCUGCUGGAAAUGGCGCUGACUUCCACUGGCUCAAACAUCUGGAUUUAGGUGCUGCACCUGAUGACUGCCCUUUCCUGAGAGACCUAAGCUCCAAGGAGGACCCACCCUCAUUGGCUAACAGUCCAUCCAGAGGAACAAACAGAGAGAGUCCAUUUGUGUCUCCUUUAAACUCUGGUGACAAUUCUGAAUGCGAGCAUGAGGCCAACUCUGUGGUUAGCAGUGAGCAAUCAUGUGAGGUGGACUUGCCAUUCCCUGUUGAGCAGAUCUCAAGCAUGAGCAGGCAAGCUUUCCUGCAGCUUUUGAAGGAGCAGCGGCUCACACCAGAACAGCUGGAAUUUGUGCAAGACGUUCGGCGGCGAAGCAAAAACCGUAUGGCUGCCCAGCGUAGCCGGAAGAAAAAGCUAGACUGCAUCGAUAAGCUUGAGGGAGACAUCAAGAAACUGAGGAUUCAGAAGGAGAAGUUGCUGCAAGAACAUAAUCAGCUGAAGCAGAGUAUGGAGGAGACACAGCAAUCUCUCUCAGGUCUGUGUGAGAGCGUGUGUACAAAAUCCUCAAUGCAGCCGGAGCAGCUGCAUGUCUUAGCCAGGUAUCUGUCCCCAGACUCGCCCAGCUCAGUGCUCCUCACACCCACUGCCUCCCCCAGCUUGCCCUGCCUCGAGGCCUGGAGCAGUGAGCCUGAUUGUACUCAAGCUAAUGGAACAGUUAAUAAUAAUAGCAACAACAAUAACUCGGGCACCUUUCUGAAGCCCGAUGAUUAUUCACAAACCUAAUCAUGAUAAUCGAGUAAUACAAGCAGCCCAAUAUAAGCAAAUGCAAUACAGGACACAGGCACACAAACAAAGCUGAAAUACAAACUGAUGGAACAGAACUUCCUGUAAAUAAUUUUCACAUUUUCAGUAUUUGUAUUUUUAUUCAUUGAGUUGAUUAUGAUGAAAAGCAGGCUGAAAAAGCUGUCUAAGGUUAAUGAUUUCUGUCGGUGUAAGCAUUUGAAACCUAACUGCCAGUUUGUAUGUAGUUUAGUCCUUCACAAAACAAGAAAGAUUCAGUGAAAUCCUGUGUAACAUGGGCCAUCAGCCUGAACUGCAGAUUUCAGCAGAUCAAGCUGGAAGCAAAAUUGUACGUAUUUAAAAAAAAAAUUACUAAAUAUGAACCAUUACGGCUUCUAGAUCAGAUACUGUAUUUAGACUGGUUGUGGCCAGUCGUGCAUUUAUGCAAAUUAUUUGGCUGAAGGCACCUCAUGGGGAAAGGAAGGUGUUUUCCCAGAAUUGCAUUGAAUUAUUUUUCAGUGAAGUGACAAUAAUGAAAAAAGUACCGCUAGUCAAACGUGAUAUUAUAACGAGCUACUAUGAAACAAAAUAUAGCCAUGACCUAAUCACUCAUGGUUACUUAUUAAAAGGUAAUUAUUGUAAACUUUCAGCCAUGUUAGUUGCUCAGCCAACAGGAAUUUCAGUUGAAACCCCCUGCCAUAUAACACUGCUCUGUGUGGAAGAAUAGGACUGGCAGCACAAUUUCAUAUGAAUUGCCUUUCUUGCUUUUAUGUGCAGUAAUAGGAAAAUCUUUGUGCUUAUUGCAUUUGCUUUUUUGAAGGAUUGUUUUGAAAUUUCUCAUUUAUCCACACAGUUCUGCAUACUUUUAUGUAGAAACGACUACAACGCAGCAGAAAAAGGAUUAAAUCACUAAACCAAGCGUUCCUGUUUAAGUUUAAUCACGUUUAACCAGGAUAAGGCUGAUGCUACAAUAUAUUGCAGAAAGGACAGAAUUGCUUUUGCACUGUUUAGAUGGUUUAUACCUGCAUUUUGUGAUGUUCUGCACCAUUGAAUGCCAUUAGAUUACUACGGUCACUGAUUUGAUUUUGUUCAAUUUUUGUAAUAUCACUUGAUAAGGAAAUAACCAAGUAAGCACAUAGGAUAAUAAGAAACCUGCUACUGUUGUUUUGAUGUUAAAUUACGGGACUCUGCUUGUAUUUGAUUGGGUAAGAAGCAGAUUGCUUGUGCUCAGUUAUUCUCUGCCACAGCGUUUGGUUUGGACAGUGACUUCAGGCUCUGGCAUGAUAUUAAGAGUUAAACCUAACUCUACCCCAAAAAUCCCAAUUGUGUAUGUGUGUAUAUAUAUGUGUGUGUGUGUAUAUAUAUAUAUGUGUGUGUGUGUGUAUAUGUAUAUAUAUAUAUAUAUA